AAGAGACCAAAUGCGAUCUUUCUUCGGGUGGAGGUGCCGAAGGCUUUUUCCGUGAUGCCGGAGGAAGGAGAGCCACCAGCCAAAGUGGAAUGGGUCUUCGAAGUGGAGGAUCGUGAAGAGGUUCUAGCUCCACCACCCACGGGGCAAUCAAACAGCUGGCUGAGUUGGCUGCAUGGCCAGCAUCAUACAGACCAUCCGACUCACGAAAGUGUAGGGCCCGUGGGGCACCAUCAUUCCAGGGAAUCCGACCAGAGUGCUGCUUCCCUACCUGGGGAGUCUCGAGAUGCAGAGGGGCCAACAGGUGCAUCCGAGCAAACGGGAGGCGUUUUUGGCCUCAUGGGCUUUGGUGCAUGGUUUGCCGAGCCCGACAAUCCUCUUCCGCCGCCGGCCAAGUCGCGGAUGGAUGAGUCUGACUCCAUGGCUGGAGAACAGAGGGUCAGAUGGAGUGUUGAAUUGGACAUUCCGGAUCACAUGUUGGAUGACGAGGUAGUUCCUGAACGAGUCGUAAAGACAGCAUCAACGGCUACCUCGUUGCCUCCUGCCUCGACCAUGAUCACCCGAACAGAGGCUAUGAAGGAAGAGAACAUGCACAUCUACUAUUCAGAUGAUUUCUUGGAGCAGUUCAACACCGCUGACAUUGCCAGUGCUGUUGCAGCAGCAGUUCCUGGUGACCCUGAUCCUCCACUGCCACCACCAAGUGAUUAUCCACCAGAGGAGGGCUUCCACGAAGUUGAUCUUCGGGCUGCGCCGGUUCCGGUCGGGAUGCAUCAAGUGCAUCAAGUUGAAGUCCAGGAACUCAAAGCUCAGCCAGACAGCAUUGAUGAGGUGGAUGAUGUGGCACUCUUUGUGGAGUCUGAAGAGCCUGCAGAACGAAAGACCUGCUGCAGCAAGUGCAAGGCUGCUAUGAGAUACGCGUGCACAUGCCAGUGUUUCAGCUCCAAGGGCAAGGACUCUGAAGAUCCCGCAAUGAAGGAGACUGCCAGCAAACUCCUGGAUGAAGAGAUCGAGGACUUCAGUGGACGCCCGAUCAUAGCUUGCAUUGCCUGGCUGAGUCAAAGAGGCAUGGCAAAAUGCCCUUUUUGUUGUGUUAUCAUUGGCUUCACGGUGACUCUCAUGAUCAUCUCCAUCGGCAUGGUCACAAGACCUAUGGAGGUGGAGAUCGAUUGGGACUCGUUUCUGAAGACCGAUGUCAACACAUCCACAAUGCGGGAUGUCUUUUUGUUUGCUCUACAGCAACGCCAGACAGAUCGUCGAUUGACGGAAGUCCGGGAAUUGAGUGAAGCGCGAGAACUUCAAGGAAACCGGCUCUACUACCACAAUGAUCUCUACUUGGCGUACCAGAUCCCAGCUGAUGAAGAUGCUGGUGAACAUGGCCUGAUGAGUGCUCGUUGGCUCUCCUCGGUGAGAAAAUUUGAACAACGUCUGAGAUCUGGCUACGAGUGGCAGGUCCUCUGCAACAGAUCAGAUGACAUCGACAGACCUCUGUGUGACUAUGGCGUGUCAUUGGUCAACUACCUGUACCCAUCUCCCAUGAUCGCUGGGCCAGAUAUCGUGCCCAACAGUUUGCUCUACGAUGCCGGAGGCAUCCAGGCAUUGGCUCCACAAGUGGUCACAGUGCUGAUGGAGGAGCACCGGGUCAAGGACAUCAUCGUUCCAAGAAACUACGAGGAUGGAACGCCAUUGAAGAUGAUCCGUAGCGCUUUCCGAUUCAAGCGCUUCUGCUGUACAUCUGUGCAGUCUUCCUCAGAACAAAGAGCUGUCUUGAGUGAGAUGAGAGCGAAUUGGGACAGGUUCUUGGACGGCACAGUCAUCCCUGCUCUCCGUGAAGAGCAAUUUCGAGAGAAGAAACCGAAAAUGGAGAUGUUCUACACGGGCAGCACACUCUACUCCAAGGAGGUAACAUCAACAUUGAUGGGCGAUUUGUUUCUUGCCGGCGGUUCGAUGGCUUUCGUGCUGGUGUACCUGAUCCUCCAAACGAACAGCAUACUGUUGGGAUGUUUGGGCCUCAUGCUCAUUGCUAGUGCCAUUCCCACAUCAUAUGUCUUGUUUGCUUUGGUGACUGGAUCGAACAAGAUGAGCAUAGCGUCCUUCCUCUCCGUUUUUCUUAUUGUUGGUCUCGGUUCUGACGUCGUCUUCGUCUACACCGACUUUUGGGCAGACUCCCGGCUUCGAAAGGUCAACUAUGGCAGCCGGAUGACCUGGACAUUGGUCCAUGCCGGCAAGGCAUCCUUAGCGACCUCUGUGACAACAGCUCUUUCCUUUUUCGCAAAUCUGGCAUCGGUCCUGAAGCCCUUGCGCGAGUUUGGCUUUUUCAUGGGCUUGUGCGUCAUCGUGGUGUGGGUGGUGCUGAGCUUGGUCUAUGUGCCACUUUGCAUGGUGGAUGAGUACUGGUGCCGAAGGUGUAGACUACCCUGCGACAAGAUGGGGAAAGCGUUCACCACAAGCGGAGUGCGGAUCUCCCGCUCCGAGGUAAGUGGCGCCCUUCGUGGUGGUCUUGAAAUGUAUCCAAGGAUCAGUCGAAUCACCCGAGUCAUCCUGCGGUACAAGCGCUCCAUCUGCCUCUGUCCUGUCGUGAUCAGCAUUGGAUUCAUCAUUUGGGCUGUCCUGGUCCUGCAGGUCGACUCUGGGGUGCCAAGUAUCUUCCCAGAAGAUCACAACCUGAACAAAGGGACGGAGGUCUUUGCCCUCUUCAAGGACACAUCUGAGGUGUUCAAUCCAUUGUGGCUCAUCGAUCGACCACAGAUUUCUGUUUGCAACGAUGAAAUCUUCACGCCAAUUUCUCCAACAUACCAACUUGGAAGCUGGGGCUACAACUGUCAGCUGAACUGGUGCGAAGCUGAUCCUGAUGUCACCCAAUCGGAGGAGGGAACUUGUAAGUGCUGGAGACGGGAAGCGGCGAGCACGUGCAGCUCAGAUUUUGCGACAGUGAACACAAAGAUUGUUGCUGGUCGCCAGCUCACAGUUGAAGAUGUUCGAGGGCCAGUUGCCGACUACUUUGGACUCACGGCUGGACAUCAGAUCUCCAACCAACAACGGCAAGGCCUUCAGAGGACGACCAACGUUGCACCUGUGGUGACGGAGGAGUGGGAGCGCGGCAGCAGAGAAGUGCGAGAAGUCACGGAGGUGCUUGGAACUGUGGAGCGCACCGAACAAACUUCGAGCUGCGGCUAUCAGGAUCUAUGCUUUUGCACAAGCUGGGCCUGCAAGAUGCCAGCAGGAAAUGAAUGGAGAAAAGUUCCCAACCUUCAAAUCCCUGCUCUUAUCAAUGCGACCCAGAGACGCUUGAGUGCUUCACGCAGCAAAGCCCUGAGUGCGUCGCCUGCGGUGCCAGCUGUGCCCGAACCGCUUUCAGAGCCGAAGGAACCGAAGGAAGUGAAGCUGGAGGGGCCAGUUGCGCCGCGUUACCUGGAAAUGCUGAGUCCAGAAGAUCAAGUCGUUGCGCCCGCCAACAGAGCAACAGUGGAUGUGGUCUUCGGCAUAACUGUCACAGCCACUUCGCUCCUGCUGGGCGAGGUUGACCUCCAAAAUGGCUGGGAAUUUACCGAGCUGCACGAGGUGAGUCAACCAUGGGCGCAACGAAAUAUGUACCAAUUCUGUACUGACUUCCCGUUAGAGUUGCGUGUUGUGGAGAGCAGGUGUUGGAUUCGAGACUUCCGGACGUAUCUUCUUGCUCGUGGGAAUCGCUUUCCAAUCGUUGCCAGUCAGUUUGAACAGCUGAUUAUCCCAUUUGCAGAGUCUUAUCUCACUGGCAUGCGCAGUACGAAGGACUUCCUGUGGAUCCGAGACGGCAAGGUCAAAGCGUCAUAUAUACCCAUGACCGUUGAUUUUGCACGCUACGCAGCUACAGAGGAUGCCAUUGAGUACAAGACAUUGUGGGAUAAGUACCUCGAUGACUUCAAUUUGGAAGCAUCAAUCUACAGCAAAGGAGCCUGGCACACAUCAGUUGUGUGGGUCAGGGCGGAGGCCCAAUCUGCCCUGAUUCGAUCGACCAUUGUCACUAUUGCGAUUGUGGUGGGCUUGGCCUUGCUGGGCAUGCUGAUCUUCACCAAAGACAGCAAACUGUCAUCGCUUGUGGUGGGGUCCACUCUGAUCGUGGUAUUCGCAUUGACCUGGUUCAUUGUGGUGGUUAUGGGAUGGCCGAUUGGUCCCAUCGAAGUCAUUGCUUUGAUUGUCUUCAUCGGCUACGCUGUUACCUACUCGUUGCAUAUCGCCCACAGGUAUGGCAGCUCUGAUGUUCAGCAGGAACUCAGCCUUUCUGGGGAUUCCUCGGACAUCCGAUUCUUGCGCACCGUCUUUGCGCUUGGAUCCAUCGGCAGAGCAGCCCUAGGGAGUGCUGUGACCACAGCCGGCUGCUCGAUUUUCUUGGUCUUCUGCACCCUGACCAUCUUCAAAAAGCUGGGAGGUGUUGUCCUUGUGGUGACAGUCAUGUCCAUUGCGGUGGCAUUGAUCCCACUACCAGCAGCACUGCUCUGGUUUGGACCGGUGCGACCUGGGCGCUGUUUUUGCUUCUACCCAACAGAGACAUACGAGAAUUUGAUGAACAGCCGGGAAAAGUAUGUGCAAGACCUUGAGAAGCGAAAAGAGCAGCAGGCGAAGCAACGAGAGGAAAAAGCAGAAAUGAAAAAACAGGAGUCCGACCGAAAGCAAAGAGAAAAAGAAGAGGAGGAAGAACGAAAACGGAAAGAAAAAGAAGAGGAGGAGGAACGAAAGAAGAAAGAAGCAAAGGAGAAGGCCAAGCAAUUGUCAGCGAAGGCGAAAGCUGCUAAGGCCAAAGCAGGACCACAGAAAAUAAGGACAGGUUCUGGCGAAAGUUCAGUUGCCGAGGCAGAAGGGCUCAGAACACGCACAGGUUCUUCGGAGGCGGCACUUCCAUCGCCCGGACUCAAGGCAUCCGCGCCUCCGGCCAGAAGGAUCAGUGGCAACGAACACACUUCUGGAAGGAUCUCGGCCACAGGCCUUGAGGUUGGUGAGGAAAUGCCCAGCGGAGCGAUCCAGGUUUCUGGCCGGUAGGCUGGGGACGUUGGCACAAGAGAAGCUGGACGGGAAGGCAUUCCACACAAAAAGAGCUAGGUGUGCAAGGCAUUCCACAUCAUCCCACCUUUCUCUUGUGUUCGUUGCCGCAAAAGUGAAACUUCUAGCGGCUGGGACUGUACCAUACGCAGACAUGCCGUAAUUUGUGGUUGUAAACAGCUGGAAGGGCAAUCCACCAAGUGGAGGAGGCAUCUUCCGAGAUAUUUCAAAGAAUGUGCGAGUGU